AUGAAACUUGUAGCAAUUAUUAUUUGUAUAGUAUUAUGUAUUACUGCAACGGUUGUAAAGAGUGACCAAGAACUUAGUUAUUUGGAUGGCGUCAAUUGUAGUAUCUGUGAGGUACUUGUAGCUCGUGCAUCAGCCGUUCUCAAAAAGGAGUUUGGAAAUUCCUCCCAAGUAUUGGCAUUUAUGGACAAGGAGUGUGCUCACCUUGGUCGUUUGGAUCAUUCAUGUGUCGAUCUAGUCAAUCAAUACGGUCCAUUAAUUAUGAACUUUAUCACUGUCAAUGGCCAACCACUUACACUCUGCGAAAUGGUCGGUCUCUGUCCACCACCACCCAAACCACACUUUAAAGAUCAAAACCCAAUGUCCAUUGAAGCUGCCAAAUCUGAUCUCCUUACCAAGAAUAAGAAGAAGAAUACUGAUCAAGAAGAAGUUGAACAAGUUGAAGUUGCUCCAGUCAAAAAAGAAGAAGUAGUAACUAAAGGAAAGAAACAUAGUCACAAGAAACAUGAUAAUCUAAAGAUCAAACAUACCCAUCAUCAAGCAACUUGGGGAAACAAAUAA